UAGAACUCCUACAGCUGUCGAGCGACAUCAUCCUAUAAAGCCUGUUGUCAGUCGCUCGUUUUAAUCGCUCAGUAACCUCGUGCAACCCUGCCAGCCACCACCUCAAAUCAUCCUACUCACCUCUCGUCACAAUGCUUCGUCUCGAAACCCUCGCUGCCCUCGCCGUCCUCGGCCUGGCCAACGCUCAGUCUACCGUUGGCUUCGGUCCCUACUUCAGCCUGGGUCCUACUCAGAGCUGGAUCCGCGAGGCCACGACCACUCUUGUGCUCCCCGAAGUUCCCAGCCCCGUCGCGGACCGUCUCGCCCUGUGGCCCGGCAUGGGCACCAGCGGCGGUGAUCUGAUCCAGGCGCUUGCUGUUUCUUUCUCCGACCCCAAUGCCAACUGCGGCGGUACCUCCGGCCAGUGGUGCAUCUGGGCCAGCACCCUCGAGGACACGCAGCUUGGUGGCACCCAAGUUCCGGCCAAUGCCGGUGACAAGGUGACCAUGGAAUACAAGUACAACGAUUCCACCUCCAAGUACGAUCAGACCGUCUCUCUUAACGGCAAGGUCGUCUCGACUCUGUCGACCAGCUCCGGCCAAGCUCAAGGCUGGGGCACCGCCGUCGAAUGCCAGGACGAUGCCUGCAAGAGCACUGCUCGCGCUCACCAGUACAUCGACACCACGAUCGUCCUGAACGCCGCGGACAGCACCUUCGCCGGCACCCUGGCCACCAACGAGGUCACCUCCACCGGCCUUAAGACCUCCGACUCCAAGACCUUCACCGUCGAGACGAUCAACGUCCAGGCCCACACCUAUGAUAUCUAAGUGGGGCCAUGAGCUGAGGUUGUAUUUCUAGGAUAUGCUGGCGUGACUAUGU